GGCAAUGCCAGUGUGUUUUUGUGUUUGUGAUAUGAUCAGGUCUUGUCAAACUGGCUUACUCUUUAUUUCGAUUUUUUUUAUCAAAAAAAAACCUAAAUGUUGACAAUUUGAAUCAAUGAAAAAAAUUUUUGACUGGUCAAAUUACUGGUUUUUCUACAUCAUUUUUUUUACUGCGGUCAUCAACAUUGUUUAAUCAUCGCCAUCAUCAUCAUCUUGGUUAGGAAAAGAAGAAAAAAACAAGCAUUCCAAAUUUAAUAUUCAAAUUUCGUUCAGAAAUAGAAACUAUUUUUGUGUUUCUAUGUUUUCAUCGUGUCAAUCUUAAUAGUUUUUUAUUAUUAUUGAUUUUGCUUUCUCUUCUUCACAUCACAUUUAUUGAUUCAAUUAUAUUGAAGAGAAUUGGAUAUAUUUUUUUUUUGCAAACAUGUCGGCUGAACACCAUCUUAAUGAGGCUAAUAACCAAAUGAUUGGUAAUGUUGCUUCUGCCAAUCCAUCAUCAUCAUCAUCAGUACCAAUUUCGAAACCAAUGGUUUCGAAUAAACCGAAAAUUCCAUUGCAACCAAUAUCAACAUCGAGUAAUAUUCCACAGCAACCAUCAUCAACGACAACAACAUCAAUAAAAACAUUACAUACGACGAAUGGUUCACAUCAAACAACAAAUGGUACAAUAACAAUGAAUGGUAACAAUACAAAUGGUACACAAAAUGGUCUUCGUGUUCUUCGCCCUGAAACCUAUGUUGGUUUUGAUACAUUACCCGAUCAAUUAGUAUCACGUGUUAUACGUGAUGGUUUUGGUUUUAAUAUUUUGGCAUUAGGUUCUACAGGUGUUGGUAAAACAACAUUAUUGGAAGCAUUAUUCAAUACAAAAUUAUCAUCCGAUCAAUCGGCUACACGUAGUCAUAAUUUAUCAGGUGUUUCUGUUCACACUCAACAAUUAGAAUUGAAUGAAGGUAAUAUUAAGCUCAAAUUAACAUUGGUUGAAUCAAAAGGUUUCGGUGAUCAAAUUGAUAAAACCGAUUCAUACAAACCGAUUGUUGAAUAUAUCGAUGAACAUUUUGAAAAAUAUCUUCAAGAAGAACUAAAAAUACAUCGUUCACAAAGUCCAUUGAUCGAUAGUCGUAUACAUUGUUGUAUAUAUAUUCUAUCACCAGUUGGACAUGGUUUACGUGCAUUAGAUUUAGUAACAAUGAAAGCAUUACAUAAUAAAGUCAAUUUAAUUCCGGUCAUUGGUAAAGCUGAUACUAUUACUAAACAAGAAUUGGAAAAACUUCGUACACGUAUUACAAAUGAAUUGAAUGUAAAUGGUAUUGAAUAUUAUCGUUUUCCUGUGGAUGAUUCGGAAGUGGCCGAUAUUAAUACGACAAAUAAUUCGCUCACACCAUUUGCUAUUGUUGCAAGCAAUGAAUUUAUUCGUAUCGGUAGUAAACAUUUACGGGCACGUCAAUAUCCAUGGGGAACUGUUCAUGUUGAAAAUGAAAAUCAUUGCGAUUUUGUACGAUUACGUGACAUGGUAAUUCGUGUUAAUAUGGAAGAUUUACGUUAUACAACACAUUCAAAACAUUAUGAAUUAUAUCGUCGUGUUCGUCUUCAACAGAUGGGUUUUGGUGGUGAUGAAAAUGAAAAUGAUAGAUCAAGUUUUAAUGAAACAUUUGAAUGGCGUCAUCGUGCAUUAAAAGAUUCAUUACAACGUCGUGAAGAAGAAAUGCGUGCAAAUUUUGUACAACGUGUUAAAGAUAAAGAACAAGAAUUAAAAGAAGCCGAAAGAGAAAUGCAUAAUCGUUUUGAUCGUCUUAAACGUGAAAAUGGUGAAGAAAAGAAACGUUUAGAAAGAGAAAAAAAUCUUCUUGAAGAUGAAAUGUCAGCAUUUUCAUCGAAAAAAGCAGCCGUUCUUGGUAGUAGUACAAUGUUACCGAUGGUUGCUGGUAAAAUUAUUGUUGAUAAAUCGAAAAAGAAAUGAUCGGUUUUGGUUUGAUGUGUGCAAAAAAGCAAAGAAAAACAAAUGAAAACGGUGUUCGGAAAAAAAAGUCUAUUCAAAAACUAUUGACCAAACUAUUUGGAUUCCAUUUAAUUCCACUAAUUUUAAUCAUGAUAAUCAAAAAAUAAUUUUCACUCUUUUUUAUUCCCAUAAAUUUUCUAAUCAGUUUUAUUCUUCAUUUUUCAUACUGAAAAUACGUACAAUGUUAACAAAAGGCCAA